AUGCCAUUUCUUCGUCAGGGUGGUGUGAAAUCCGAUGUCUUGGCAGCCCUGGGCUCUUUGGACAAAAUGGAUCCGGCGUCCACCGUGACUUUCAAUGACGGUGUGCUCGCAUCUUCCUGGCCAACUGCGAGUGCGAGGAAAAAGUACGAACCGCCAAAAUCUCCAGUGAUUAGACCAUCGCCUCCAGGUUCGCCUCUUUGGCCAUGCGAUGAUGCACAAAAGGAGAAAAUGCUGAAGCAUGUGCAAGCCCUUGAAGAAGAGGCCUUCUCUUUGGAUGGCCUGGAUGGCGAGGACUUUGCCCUGGAUGGUCCUGGAGGCUUGUUAGAAGACGAGGAAUACGACUUGAAGUUCCAUUUGUCUGGUUUUGAAGACCGGGAUACCCUCGAGGCCGAUGCUCAGCCGCCGGUUGUGAAACAGGAGAGCUUAGGGACCCGCCUAUUGGUGCCACAAGCAGAGGCAAGACCAAGAAGCGGAAGUGCCUCGCUGGUGAUUGAAGAGCAUGCCAUUGAAAUGGGGGAAAGCGAAACUCUUCAGUCUGCUCUUGAAAUGGUGGCAGAGGCCAAUGGCAAAACACGGCCGAGACGGGGAACCAUGUGA